GUGGGUCGGGAACACGUGCAUGAACCUCUUCCCUCACCGUUAAAUUCCUUUUAUAUUUUAGAGCCCCCCACAAAGUAGAGUCGCCGUCCUUUCUCUUCAUCUGGAUUGAACAGCUACGAAAGAUCUACCACUAAUUUCCCUUCUUUGAUCCUCUCAAUCAAGUAACUCUCAAAUUAUUUUCCUACUGUUUUUGGGUUUUUUUAACCCUCUGUUUCAUUCAGUCUUUUGUUAAUUCCUUAAUUUUCCAUAUAUGAUUAUCAGUGGAUUUGGAUGAGGGUGCGGAAGCCAUAGAGAGCUUCACAGGAGGUGAGAUAUUGGCAUUCCCAUGUGAAGCAGAUUCGAUUGUAGAACCACAUGAAGGUAUGGAGUUUGAGUCUGAAGACGCUGCCAAGAUAUUUUAUGAUGAAUAUGCACGGCGAGUAGGCUUUGUCAUGCGCGUGAUGUCUUGUCGUCGAUCUGAAAGAGAUGGGAGGAUUCUUGCUCGUCGACUUGGAUGUAAUAAGGAGGGUUAUUGUGUUAGUAUUCGGGGUAAAUUUGGCCCUGUUAGAAAGCCACGGCCAAGCACUAGGGAAGGCUGCAAGGCUAUGAUUCAUAUUAAGUUCAAUAAAUCUGGAAAAUGGGUGAUAACGAGAUUCGUAAAGGAGCAUAAUCAUCCGCUUGUAGUUGCUCCACGCGAGGCUCGUCAAACAAUGGAUGAAAAGGACAAGAAAAUUCAAGAACUAACUGUUGAACUUCGGAACAAGAAAAGACUAUGUGCAGCAUAUCAAGAACAGCUGACCGCAUUUAUGAAAAUCGUUGAAGAGCACAGUAACCAACUAUCAAAGAAAGUCCAAAAUGUUGUCAACAACUUGAAGGAAUAUGAGUCAAUAGAGCCACAGCUAUUGCAACAGAGAUAAUCUCAAAAUGUUGGUGUGUCUCUGGCAUCCUACGCCUAAGGCUGUCAUUGCAACAGAGAUUUUCAAUUUUCUUUUCCCGUUCAUCCUUUCUUUUGCGAAUGUAGGUCUAGUGGAACAGAGUAAAAGUAGGUUUCAAGUGCAAAUACAUGGAUGAGGUGAACAGCUACUUAAUAUAAAGAUAAUGAGGGUUACGGUUGCUAUUGCCAUCCGGGACUGAUGUUUCUUGUGUCGAGGAAGGAACCAGCAUAUUUCUGGGUAAACGGCAUUCUUGAAUAUUUUAACGGAGGAUGAAGGUAGUAACAGGUGCGCACUUCCUUUCAUGGUCUACUCUGAAUACAAAUAAUUUCUUUUGGAACUUUGAAUGAUGUUUUGGCUGCCAUUGCUGCAAUGGUUUAAAACCUGAAUUUUCUUUGGUACAUAUUCUCCCUUCGCAUCCUGAUUGUGCUUCAAUCAUGUAAAAUAAUGUAAAUGAUGCAUUGACCUUUUUAUUUGUAUAGUUGUUUACCCAUAAAUGCAGAAUCUCAGCAGGUUUAAUUUGUUA